AUGUAUCUCCACGAGUACGACUAUAUCUUUGCCAUUGGCACGUUGUUUGCCAUCCUUGAUGCUUACAACAACGGCGCAAACGAUGUUGCCAACUCCUGGGCUACUAGUGUCUCCUCGCGGUCCAUCUCCUACCGACAGGCCAUGGUUCUGGGUACCAUCUUCGAGUUUCUGGGAGCCGUCACUGUCGGCUCACGGACAGCUGAGACCAUCAAGAACGGAAUUAUCCCCAGCUCAGCCUUCCAUAACAAUGCUGGGGUCCAGAUGCUUGCCUUCACCUGUGCACUGGCGGCCGCCUCUUCGUGGGUGAUGUGGUGUACUCGGCACUCGGCGCAUGUCUCCUCCACCUACUCGCUUAUCUCUGCGGUUGCCGGUGUCGGUGUGGCUACCGUCGGAGCAUCCGAGGUCAAAUGGGGCUGGAACAAGGGCAAUGGUCUGGGUGCCAUCUUCGCGGGUCUAGGAAUGGCCCCGAUCAUCUCGGGUGGCUUUGCUGCCAUCAUCUUCAUGAUAAUCAAGCUCGUGGUUCACAUGCGCCGCAACCCUGUUCCCUGGGCCGUGUACACCUCGCCAUUCUUCUUCCUCACGGCCGCGACCAUCUGCACGCUGUCCAUCGUCUACAAGGGCUCACCGAACCUAGGUCUGAGCAAGAAGCCCAGCUGGUACAUUGCUGCCGUGACCGUCGGCACUGGUGGUGGUGUUGCGAUCCUGUCGGCAAUCUUCUUUGUCCCCUUUGUGCAUGCACGGGUGAUCAAGAAGGACCAUUCCGUCAAGUGGUGGAUGUUCAUCCUCGGCCCACUCCUCUUCAGCCGUGCCGCUCCUACUGGCUCUGAGAUCGCCAAGGUGCCCAACUACGCCGUUGUCCAGGACGAGCACGACGAGCACCACCCGACUCACUCGCACGAGUCCAUCGACGACCCCAAGGAUGUCCCCGGCGCAAUCUCCUCCAUCCGGUCUCACUCCGAGGACCAAGAGAAGAACCAGUUUUCGUACAAGGAGUUGAUGGCGCAGUCCGAGGCCCGCCACCACGCCAAGCUCCUUAAGAGCCGUGGGCCUCUUGGCUGGGCUUUGCGCAUGCUGCGUGACAACCCCAUAGGUGCGGGUGAGAUGUACGAGCUGCGCAACAUGUGGCUCCUUGCCAAGCGCAUUCCCGCCAUGGUUGUCGUCGGGUUGCUCUACGGCUUCCACUAUGACAUCCACACGGCCCAGAGCGGUAUCCAUGGCACGCCCGAGGGCGAGCGCAUGAAGCGUGUGUAUGCACAUGCGGAAAAAUACCCCAAUGAGGUCGAGCACAGCUACUCGUUCGUACAGAUCAUCACGGCCUGCACUGCCUCAUUUGCUCACGGUGCCAACGAUAUCGGUAACUCUGUCGGGCCCUGGGCCGCUAUCUACUCUGCCUGGUCGACCGGCAGCCCCGCCGCCUCCAAGGCCCCCGUUCCCGUGUGGCAGCUGGCUGUACUGGCUAUCUGUAUUUCUCUUGGGCUCUGCACGUACGGAUACAACAUCAUGAAGGUCAUGGGCAACAAAAUCACCUACCACUCCCCCAGCCGCGGCUCGUCCAUGGAGCUGGGCGCCGCCAUCACCGUCCUCGUCUUCUCGCAGUACUCGCUCCCGGUUUCGACAUCCAUGUGUAUUACUGGUGCCACCGUCGGUGUGGGUCUCUGCAAUGGUACUCUGAGGGCAGUCAAUUUCCAGCGGGUUGGUCUGCUGCUGCUUGCGUGGAUCAUGACCAUCCCUAUUGCUGGGACUCUGGGAGGGUGUUUGAUGGGUCUAUUCAUCAACGCGCCGCACUUUGCUUAA